UCACCGUGCGUCACCAAAUCGUGCGUUCUGUCCCGAUGAAAAGUUUACAUGGUUGAGUAAAAAUUACAUUUACGAGCAACAGACAUGAGGAGCAUGGUAAACGGUCGUGUAAAGUUGUGUGAACAUUUUUUUAAAUGACCGUCACGGAAUAACUUUCCUUUUUAAAUGUUUCUACGAGUAGGAGAUUAUUCAAUUUGUUGUAUUAAAGUAACAGUACACAUUAAGUGGAUUAUGUUUGGGUCAUCGUUUAAAUGAUGAUUGAAUCAAACAUUCUCGUUAAUGCAGCAGUGUGUUAAAUGUAACAUUUCCAGGAGACUGCAUUUUGUUUUAGGAAAGUGCAACGGCUCAUAAAAAAAAUUCCAUUUUGAACAUGAGACAGAAUUGAACAACAACAACAUAGCUGCCUUUUGUUGCAAGGCAUUGAAACACGAAAUUGUUCAGGGGCAGAAUACUAUUGCAACCCAAUUACAAUACAGCAGGUGUCGAAUUCGAGGCCCGGGGGUAAAGUAUGUAUUGAAAGCCCGCGUACAUUUUAGCACAGGUUGAGAAUGACCGGUUUGGUACUAUUGAGGUUGAUGACAACGUCCCAUUGGCUGGAGUGAUCUUUAUCGAGAGCAGUUCCUGCAGUUGGUCGCUAGUCGCCGCUGUCCUCUUCCAGCUUGGUUCUCCGACGCUCACUCCUCCCUCCCGCCAGCUUUGCCUUCCUCGCUCCCCCUUGGUUGUAGUAAUUCAGUCACCGCGCACUCCGCUCCGUCUUUUUGCUGUCACGGUGCCACUGGGAAGAGGAGGCUCCGACGGAACUGCCGCGCGUCAGGGACACGACCACGUUAUUAGCGACAAGCCGCCGCGGGCGAUGACACUGGCACCUUGAGGAAGGAAUACACGACGAAGACGCAAAAAUGACGGUGGACUUUGAAGAAUGUAUCAAGGAUUCGCCCCGGUUCAGGCAACUCUGUGCUGCUGUUGGGAUUCUAUUUUCUCUUGCUGGCUUUCUGCUGAAGGCAUGUGGGGGUGUAGUACAGAGAUGGCUUCGUCAUCAAUUUUCCAUCCAUACUGUGAGGGCCGGCAUUGAUGAUGUGGAGACAGACGUGGUGGAGAUCGAGGCAAAGCUGGACAAGCUGGUGAAGCUGUGCAGCGGUAUGAUCGAGGCCGGCAGGGCUUACGUCAGCGCCAACAAGCUCUUUGUUAACGGCAUCAAGGACCUGUCCCAGCAGUGCAAGAAAGAGGAAAUGAUAUCGGACUGCCUUGAAAAGUGUGGAGAACGCCUACAGGAGAUCGUCAACUACCAUAUGAUUUUGUUUGACCAGGCUCAGAGGUCAAUCAAGCAGCAGCUUCAUGCUUUCAUUAAAGAUGACGUGCGCAAGUUCAAGGAUACCAAGAAGCAGUUUGAUCGUGUACGAGAGGACAUGGAGCUGGCUCAGGUGAAAAAUGCCCAGGCUCCCAGGAACAAGGUCCACGAGGCAGAGGAGGCCACACAGGCUCUCGUCCUCAGCCGGAAAGCAUUCAGGCACCUAGCCCUGGACUACGUGCUGCAGAUUAAUGUGCUUCAGGCCAGGAAGAAGUUUGAAAUUCUUGAUGCGAUGCUGUCCUUCAUGCGUGCCCAAUACACUCUUUUUCAACAAGGCUUCAACAUUCUGGAUGAGAUUGACCCCUAUAUGAAAAUGCUGGCUGCCCAGCUGGAUCAGCUUGUCAUCGACUCUGCAGUGGAGAAGAGGGAGUUGGAACACAAACAUGCCCUCAUCCAGCAAAGAACUCUGAUGCAGGACUUUUCCUACGAUGACCCCAAGUUGGAGUUCAAUGUGGAUGCCCCCAAUGGUGUGGUCAUGGAGGGCUACCUCUUCAAGAGGGCCAGCAAUGCUUUUAAGACCUGGAACAGGCGAUGGUUUUCCAUACAGAACAGCCAGCUGGUCUACCAAAAGAAACUUAAGGACUCUUUGACAGUGGUGGUGGAGGACCUGAGGCUGUGCUCCGUCAAACCGUGUGAAGAUAACGAGAGGAGGUUCUGUUUUGAAGUGGUUUCACCCACCAAGAGCUGCAUGCUUCAGGCUGAGUCAGAGAAGUUGAGGCAAGCGUGGAUCCAAGCGGUCCAAGCAAGCAUUGCCUCAGCUUAUAAAGACAUCGCUGACAACUACUACAUCGAGCGCCUGGAUCGCACAGCCUCGCCCUCCACCAGUAGUAUCGACUCAGCCAACGAGCCCAGAGACAGGGGGGAGAAGGUGGAUAAAGGAGUUCGGGCAGGGGGUGAAGGCCUCCUUCAGAGGGUGCAGAAUCUCCCAGGCAAUGAAUUGUGUUGUGACUGCGGCCAGAGCGCUCCCUGCUGGGCCUCCAUCAACCUCGGAGUGCUGCUGUGCAUCGAGUGCUCAGGGAUCCACAGGAGUCUCGGAGUCCAUUGCUCUAAAGUGCGUUCACUGACUCUUGACUCAUGGGAGCCAGAACUACUCAAGCUGAUGUGUGAGUUAGGGAACACUGUGAUCAAUCAAAUUUAUGAGGGAGCCUGUGAGGAGCUCAGGGUGAAAAAACCCGGACCAUCCAGUACAAGACAGGAGAAGGAAGCCUGGAUUAAGUCCAAAUAUGUGGAGAAACGUUUCCUAAAGAAGAUAAGUGGGAGCGAGACGUUGGUGGAAGGUGAAAGGAAGUCACGACCGUGGACCGUCAAGAGGUGCCAGCGACACAACAACUCAGUUCGGGUGCCAAACAAAGCCCGCAGGAAAUACCAUCGCUAUGAGCCUGGUAGUGCCUCACCUGCGAAUCUCUCAGCAGCAGCUGCAGCCAGGUUUCGCAGGGAUUCACUAUUCUGUCCAGAUGAGCUGGACUCCCUCUUUUCCUACUUUGACACGGGCUCUGGCCCUCGCAGCCCUGCAGGUCUGAGCAGCGACAGCGGGUUGGGAGGAAGCACUGACGGCAGCACUGACAUCCUGGUGUUUGGCUCCGUGGUGGACAGUGUCACUGAAGAAGAGGAAUCAGAGGAGUCCUCCAGUGGUGAGGUAGAAAUUGAACAGGAAGUACCUUCAGACCCCGAGGAUCCCAGGGAGCUCCACCCCGGUGCGCUGCUUCACCGCGCCUCCCGUCUGCACAACUUGCCCCUCAUGGCGGAGGCGCUGGCUCACGGCGCGGACGUUCACGCUCCAAGUGAGGAAGAGGAUGGAAAAACGCCACUCAUACAGGCUGUUAUGGGGGGCUCCCUGAUAGCUUGUGAGUUCCUCCUUCAGAAUGGAGCUGAUGUCAACCAGAGGGACAUGAGAGGGAGAGGCCCGCUGCAUCACGCUACCUACCUGGGACACACUGGCCAGGUGUGUCUGUUCCUGAAGAGGGGGGCGUCACAGACAGAGGUGGACGAGCAGGGGUACGACCCGCUCAGCAUCGCUGUGCAGGCUGCCAACGCGGACAUCGUCACCCUCCUGCGUUUGGCACGGAUGAAUGAGGAGAUGAGAGAGGCAGAAGCCCCCCUGGGACAACCAGGGGUUGCCAAAGGCAGCAGAAGGUUAAAAUCCUUACCACGGGAUAGAGUGACAUCUCCCGUGUUGAAGUCUUUCGCGAGUUUUCUCUCCUCGCAUCUCUCCAGCCCGAGAAGCUGAGGAGGAGGAGUCUCCAGUUCAGCCGCUGUGAGAUACCUUAGGGGAACCUUUUCACCGCCUCAUCAUCAUCUUAAAGUUUCGAAGCCAAUGAUUAGAAUAUAUUUCAGCUUAAUGUAGGUGAUCAAAACUUGGCUUGAAAAAAAAAAACAUCAUUUGUACAUUGAUUUUAAGUAGCCGAAUGUCUGAUAUUAUUCACUUCAAAUGCAUGUAUAUCAGAAUGAUUAUCAAAGAAUGCUAAUGUGUUUUCGGAGGUUGCAAAAUUUUUGACUCUGUUUUUAAUUGUUUAAACAUACUGCAUUUUCUCAAAUAAUACCCUAGACUCUAAUGAAAGUCAUACCUCAGUUAAUCAACUUUAAAAAAUAAAUAAAAUCACAUCUCCUUUUCCCUGAUUUAAGUGUGAAACAAAUUCCUUGUAAUAAUAAAGUUAUUAUUAGCGGUAUGGUCAAUUACAGUGGAUAGCAUGUCAGCCUUACAGUUCUGCGAUUUGGAUUUCAAAUCUUACCUCCUCCAUAGGUCUGAAUGUGAGUGUGAAUACUGGUUUGUCUAUAUGUGCCCUGCGAUUAUCAGGCGACCAGUCUGAGGUGUACCCCGCCUCUCACCCAAAGUCAGCUGGGAUACACUCCAGCACACCUGUGACUUGAGGACAAGUGCUAUAGAAAAUGGAUAGAUGGGUGUUUGUAUUAUUAAGGGCCAUUGUUUGAGGAAAUGACAGGAGUACUCCAGCUUUUAUAUCCAAAUGUCAGUCAAACCUUUUCGAGGAAGUCAAAUAUUUGUUGCCAUCUGUCUUAUUGAAUGGUUAUUUAUUAUACACCACACCCUCAGACCUAAAUCCAGGUUUUCUGAUAAUGUUUGCCCUAUGACUGGCUUCCACUGCCAUUAUUAAUACACAAAGUGGCACGUGACUCCUGCACUCUGUUUGAACUGCUGCCAUGUGACUGUUGACAAAUAUUACCAACAUCAUUGCCAACUGUACAGAGCAUGGCUUGUUGUUGCUGUCAAACAUUGGAAGUCAUCCUGGCAUUUUCACCUCUUGACUCGUUUUUACAUUGCCCCAUUUCUCUGGAUUUGCCACACUUGGACACAGCCACCCAACCCCAGUUAACGCAAAUGUAUUUGGUUGAUAAUGCCAUUUUAUGUUUUGUAUAAUUUUGUAAAUUGCACAUUUAAUAUUAAAUAAUAUUCAUUUAUUAUAAAAA